AUGGACUCCCUGUACAGCUGGGAUGACUCGACUAAGAUCGGAGUGGCUUUUACCGGCCUCGGUGUGUUCUUUACCUUCAUGGGCGUUCUGAUGUUCCUGGAUAGCAUCCUGCUCACAAUGGGGAACGUGUUGUUUGUCGUCGGUGUGGCGAUGGUGAUGGGACCGCGGCGGUGCAAGGCGUUCUUCAUCGCGCGCCAGCGCGCAUCUGCGUGCUUCUUCACCGGCAUUUUGUUUGUGCUUUUCCGGUGGUGUUUUAUUGGCAUGUGCAUUCAAGGCUUCGGCGCCCUGAACUUAUUUGGCAACUUCUUCCCCAUGUUAGUGCGUGUGUUGGAGUCAGCCCCCAUCAUUGGGCCCAUACUCUUAUCCGCCCCUGUCCAGAAGGUGCUGUCUCUCAUGCACAUCAACGAUGGCCGAAGCUUGCGCAAUGUAUAG